CUGGGCGUGGGCCCCGGCGACCCUGAACUCCUGACCGUUCGUGCGCAGAGGCUGCUUCAGCAGAUCGGAGUCAUCUGUUAUACCCAGCUCGACAACGGCGCGCCCAGCUUUGCCUUGGGGGUGGUGAGUUCUCUGGUGUCCGGUGAUGCCGAGAUGGUCCCUAUCACCAUUCCUUCUGACGACUCCCCCGUGAGUCAUGAGACCUGGCACAUUGCCGCCCAGCAGAUUGGCGACAGGCUUCGUCAGGGGCUCGACGUUGCCUUCAUCACCGAGGGGGACGCGAUGCUGUACAGCGAGUACCCUCACCUGCUCGAGCAUCUUCAGGCAGAGAACCCGGACCUCGACUCCGAGGUUGUGCCGGCGGUGCCAUCCGUUAUGGCUGCCGCAGCAAGUUCCGGCAUCCCGCUGGUCUCCCAAGGUCAGAGACUGGCAAUACUGCCCGCCGUUUACGGCAUAGACGACCUGCGUGAGGCCAUCGCCAACUUUGACACCAUUGUGCUGAUGGAGACGGAUCAGAACCUGAUGAGGGCACUGGCAAACCUCGAGAGCCUCGGCCUCGCGGGACACGCCAUCUACGUCCGCCAAGCCAGCACCGCCAGCGAGCGGGUAAUCCACGACAUCAGCAAAUUAUCUGCCGAGGAUCUCGACUACUUUUCCCUGCUCAUCAUCAAGCGCUGA